GUACUGAAACUGCAAGAUAAUUGAUCAUAGGCGACAUCACACGCACACACGCCCACACAGUCCCGAUAACUUGUGGAAACUACAGAUGUGGCGACUAUUGGUGUUAGUGCACUGCUUGAAGCCGGUGUCCGUGGAUCACACUUCCCUGCGGUAGCGAAUGAAACCUUGCAGUCAGUCAGUUAUGCAGUUCGUUCCGAUUAUAUUCGCAGUGCUCUGCGCACUCGCGUUGCCGAUUUAUGUCGCGGGUUCCAAAAUUCUGUGUUUUCAUGCGAGUCCCGUUCGGUCGCAUGUCAUGAUCGGUCAGGCUCUCAUGAGAGGAUUAGCCGAACGGGGUCAUGAGGUCACCAUGGUCAGUUCUUACAAAGUGAGUUCACCGUUACCGGCGAAGUACCGGGAAGUGGUAAUUCCAGCCGAAGACCGAAUCAGCAAACUGGUGAAGGGUUUCCUGGUGAAACCAACCAAUCAGUGGAAACUGAUGCCAGAACUGUUCUUCGGAACGAUGAGUGCCGCCAACAGUACCCUGAACGAUCCGCAGUUUUUGGCACUCAAAUCGGAACAGUUCGAUGUGGUGAUCGUGGGACUGUUUAUGCCGGAUUUUAUGCUCGGUUUGGGAGCCCACUUCGGAGCUCCGACGGUGGCACUUUUUUCAGCCGGACUUUCGUCGAUAACCGCCGACUUGGUGGGAAAUCCGCUGGGCGUGGCCGUUGUACCGCACAUGAUAAUGGGCAAGGUGUCGCAAAUGGACUUCCGCAAUCGGUUACGAAAUUUUUUGAUCUAUUUAAUGGAGAAGCUGAGUGGUCCGGUUGCGUCGUAUUAUCAGCGAAAGUAUUACGAGUGGAACUUUCCCUCCGGUCGGUAUCCCAGCUACGAUGAUGUGAGGAAAAAUGUUUCAUUGGUUUUACUGAAUACGCACUUCUCGGCUCAUACACCGCGCCCUUACCUUCAGAAUGUGAUUGAAGUGGGAGGCCUUCAGAUUAAACCAGAACCGGAUCCACUUCCCGAGGACAUUCGGCAGUGGUUGGAUGGGGCGGAACACGGGGUGAUUUAUUUUUGCUUGGGAAGCAGUUUGAAAUCCACCGACAUACCGAUGGAAAAGUUGAAGAUUUUCGUUAAAACGUUAGCCCAACUGAAGCAACGAGUUCUGUGGAAGUGGGAGGGAAGUGGACUUCCGGAUCAGCCGGCGAAUGUGAUGACGAAAAAUUGGCUGCCGCAGAGCGAUGUGUUGGGCCAUAGGAACGUAGUGUUGUUUAUUUCACACGGUGGCUUAGGUGGAAUGGCCGAAGCCAGGUACAAUGGAGUACCCGUUCUGGGGAUUCCCAUUUAUGCCGAACAGGCCGGCAAUGUUCGUGCUGCCGUCGUCGAAGGAUGGGCUCUGGAAGUGGACUACCACACGAUGACCCGGGCGAUGUUUACCCAAACCGUCGAUCGACUACUGAACGAACCGCAGUUCCGAACGAAGAUCCGGCAAAUCUCGCAAGUGUACCGAGAUCGACCCCAGACGGCACUGGAGCUGGCCUGCUACUGGGUGGAGUACGUGAUCCGGUACAGGGGAGCGCCCCAGCUGCACUAUCCGGCGGCUGAUUUGAACAUUUGGCAGAAAAAUUCCGUCGAUGUGAUUGUUUUUAUCGCGGCGGUGACAUAUUUAGUGGUGAAAAUUAUUUCCUGGACAACGGGACAACUUAAACGGAUGCUUUUUGGUCGUCGGGUUGAGAAGCAGAAAACAAAUUGAAUUAAAAACGCAGAAAUAAUAAAACUCAAUCUAUUCAAUGAGAACAGUCCAGAGGCGUUUACGAAAUGAGAAAAAUGAAACACCAUCCACACACUCAUGUUUAGAGGCGUUCUCGUAACUACCACCAACCGUUAAUGAUGGUGUGCUGCGCGUCGUUUGUUUUAGUAUUCUUCUUAUCAUCAAUCGAGACCGGCUCAUUCCGUUUCACGAGAAAAAGUGAGAAAUUGAUCGGUAUUCGAAUGACAGUGUAUGCGUGUGAGCCGUGCGGUGUAGCAAAUCGUGAACUAAAUGAGAAUAAAAAAUAUUGUAGAAUUUCCUCUAAAUAAUAAACACAUUUCGAAAAAAUCCUGUGAUUUUACAUCUGCAGAUGCACAUGAAUGAAGCAUCUCAGUUCGCGCAAAUUUACGUGCAAGAACAUUCAAUAUUGUGUCUAAAAUUCC